UUUUGUUUAAACAUUCAAAGUUAAAAAUGAAAAUUUUAUGCAAAUUUAUUUUGCUGCUAUUUGCAGCCAUUAUUGUAUCAUCGGAAUCAAGAUUAUCAUCAUUAAUUAACACUACAGAAUCUAAUCAUCCUAAUCACAAUCAUUAUUAUAAUAAUCAUCGUUUUAAAAAUAAUGAUAAUCAUUAUAUAAUUGAUAAUAAUAAUAAUGAUAAUCUUACAUCUUCAUUGUAUCCGAUGUCGAUAAAUACAACUGAUAUUUCAACGGAUACUAAUUCGACAACAACAACAACAACCCCUACAACAACAAAUCCUGUGAUCAAAGAUCUUGAUAUUGAAGAAUCAAAAAAUCAUAAUAAAAAAAAUAAUAAUGUUAAUGUUCAAAAUCAUUAUUGGAAUGAAACUUUAAUUAAUAAUAAUAAUAAUAAUUCUAAUUCAAAUGAAAAAUGGUCAUCACCAGAUGUUAGUAAACUGUCACCAUUUUCAUUGCAAUCAUCAUCGUCAUCAUCAUAUCCUAAACCGUCAUAUCAUCAUAAUUAUAAUAAUAAUAAUAAUCAUCAUCAUCAACAUCAACAAAAUAAUAACAACCAACAAUCAUCUGAUUAUUAUUCAAAUCAUUAUUGGCCAUCCGUACAGGUUAUAAUCGAAGAUAAUAAUGAAAUCCGAUUGACCAGUAAUAAUAAUAAUAAUCAUCAUCAUCAUAGUGAACAUAAUAAUCAUCAUAAUAAUGAUUAUACGAAACUUUCACAUGAUGAUAACUAUCAACAUUCUAGACAUGAUACAACAAUGAUACCAACUACAGUAAAUAAUGAUGGUUUUGAUAUUGAUGUCAAUAAUCUGGAUCAAAAAAAUCAACCACAAUUUCAUCAUCAACAAAAACAUCAAGAACAAUCAGAAGAAAAUCCAUUUGCUAAUUUUUUCAAAAAUAUUAACCAAGAUUUUCUCAAUGAUUUCAAUUCGAUCGAUUCGAAUGAUAAUCAAAAUGAUCAUUAUCAACAACAACAAUCUAGUGGUAUUAAUAUUGAUCAAUUUCAAUACCUGAAUGAUGAUUUGAAUAAUUCCUUGCAAAAUAGUGAUGAAAAUGAAUCGAAUAAAAAAUUUGUAAAAAGUAUUCAACAUCCAACAAGAUUUUUGGAACCUAAAUUAAUUAGUCCAAGUAAAAUACCCGAUGUUUAUUUGCCUCAACAAGAUUCAUCAUCACCUAAACAACAACAACACCAGGAAUUAGAUAAUUAUGUUGAUUAUGAUGUUCCUAAAAAUGAAUUCACUACCGGUGAUAAAUAUCAAUCUUAUCAUUCACCCGAAAAAUCAUUAAUGGUACCAGUUGGUGAACGUGUGCAUUUUGUUCGUGUUAAUGAUAAAAAUCAGCCACAAUCAUCUAGUAUUGUAAGCAAAUUAGAUUAUAAUAAAAAUGAACCAUAUGAACCAAGUGUUAUUGAAUUACCAAGUAGUCAACCUGUAUUGCCAAUCGUAUUCAAUUUCAAAACAAAAGCAUCACCGGUUAUAGCCAAAACUACACAUAAACCAUCUCCUCAAUCGUCUAGUGUUCAAUAUUUUGAAACACAUGAACCACCACAUUAUCGUGAACAUACCGUACAUAAACCGGUCAUACAAGAUUUUCAUGAAAUUAUCGUACCAUAUCGUGUAUACAUACAGGAAAUACAACCUGUUAAUGAAUUUCAUCAUACAAUAGUUUCAACAACUCCUAAUGAAUCAAAAACUUCAUCAUCAUUACCGAUGAAUCCGUAUAGUUCAUCAUCAUUAUCAUUAUCACAAUCAUCGGCUUCUACAAAAAAUCCAAAUCCUUUUCAAAAUUUCAUUGAUCAACAUCAGUAUAGCCAUCAGUAUCAACGUCCAUAUUCUUAUCAUUCUCAUCAACAACAAAAACGUCCACACUAUCAAUCUUAUAAUCAUUUCAAUCAGCUACCAAUGAAUUACAAUCCAUUUUUAGCGGCAUCACCACCAACUCCUACUAUGGAAAUGACCAAUCAUAUGACCAAAGUGCCUGUUUAUGCACCGAUUGAAUUUAAUCCUAUACAUCAUUCGUCGCAUAAUCAAUGGGGUCAUAAUGAUCAUUUGGUUCCAAUUUUUGGCAAUUCACAACAAAUUCCUUCCGUCAUUGAUUUUUCAACUGCUUCAAAUCUAUUAUCGAAUAAUAUUUAUGCAACAACACAUCAACUAGGAACAGCAACGCCGAAUCAUCAAAAAUCUACAAACCAUAUAAACAAUUUUAAUCAUUUCAAUUUUUAAUUAUUUUUUUCAUCAUAGUUUUUUUUCGAAAAUUUUCAUAUAUUAAUUAUUGUUCUCAUAACAAUUUACAAGAUAAAUGGAAAUUUUCUAUUUUUAAAAAAUUUU